AUAUAGUUUAUAUACGUCGUGAAUAUUGUACCCAGUAUAAUAUAUAUGUAUACAUAUAAUGAAAAUAUGACGUAUAGUAAAUAUUUCCUCAAUGGAUAAAAUUAGUUUUUCGCUUCUAUAUUGAACAUUGAAGUAUUGUGUUCAUGUCUAUUCUGCUUCAAUCGGUCAAUAUUUGACUGGCAAUAUUUGGCAGUAAAAGCACUUCGAUGCAUCGAUUUUUCAUCCAUGUUCGUCGCUUUAACCUUCUACAAAAUAUACAUUAUGUUAAUUCCACUUCAAUGAGAUUCAAUAGCAAUAUUACAUUUGUUACUAAUAUACUAAUACCAGAAUUCCCUGUAAACUUUUUAUUAACUACAUAUCUUUGAAUUAUAAAAUGUUCCUUCUAAUACAUAUUAAACAUUUCUAAAUAAUUGUUGUAUGUGCAAUUUUGAUCACGUAUUGCGAAUUCCAAAGCGGCAGUUUUUCAAAAACUCGCAGCUGUUAUUGACUCUGGUAGAUGGCACUAUGUUCCAACAUAAGUUCAUAUUCUUUAUUUGUCCGACUGAGCAGGAAGUCUGCUUGAAACAGAUCAAAAUGAAUAUUUUUUAGACGUGGUUCUUUCUACGAGAGAAACUACAGAAUUGCAUAGAAAUAUAUAAUUUCUCGCCCUCGUUAAUACCGUAACGUAACAAUUACUUCUUCCAGUAAUAAAUCCAAGUAUUUCAAUGACGUGAAUUUACCUUUAAAAUUCGUACCAUCGAUCGAGUUUCAUACCUUGAUAUUUGUCACUGUAAAAUAAGAGAAACUGGAACAGAACUGGAAUCUCUAGUUUCCAAAAGACAUAUACGAUAUUCCUAGAACCUAGAACACGUGAGCGAGCAAUGACAGCUGUAAAUAUUUCAUUAAUCGGAAAAUUGGAAAAGCCUGUACGGGGCACCAAAAUUCAGUUGCUCGUUCGGCAAAAGUCGGCGAGGUUCGGCAGCGGUCGCGUGGUCAUCGAAGCGUACAACACGUAGAUAGAAUACAAAGAAAAUCGGCUUCGUGAGCGCCGUAAGCCAUGACCCAUUCGUUUCAUGGACAAACCGAAAUCAGACGGUUGAGAAGUUAUGACAUCGUCUUCGUCGUGGUAAUCGAUCUUUUUCUCUCGUACGUCUGCACUGCUACGAUUGGCCGGCAAGUGCUAACUUGCUAAUUGCUGCCAAGUCGUACGGCUCGUUCCGAUCACGCGUAACGGCAUCUCGUGUGCGUAACAGUAACAGUGUGCACAGGCCAAAAACCAUUUGGUAGACUUGCCGGAUCGACAUCUUGCACAUUGUUCUCUGUCAGUCGUAGUCCUCUCGUAGUCCCGUGCAUCGUGCAUCGUACGUCAUAUUAUACGGUCCCCUCGUGGAACUGCUGUAUGCUUUGAUUCGCGCAGUAUCGAUUCGCCAGGCGGCUGGUUUACAACCGGCGUGCACGCUGUAUAGCACCCACGCCGACAGUGAAGCUUCGACUGCAGACGCGUGUGUAGUUAACCCAGUGGCCAGCGACACCGAGCUACGCACACGGAAGAGCAACGUUAUCAACAUCUCGAUGGUGAAGCAGUGCAAUGUGUCAGUGGCAGGGAGAAAUUGCCUUGCCGUUUUCGGCCAAUCGACGUACAAAGGGCGCCGGAGAAAACGUCUCUUACGUGAAAAAGCGUUGAAAAAGAUGCUAACGCCGGGACGAUCGGGAUCAAUCAGUCCCGCGGAGAUCGGCAAUGUACCGGACACGAAGGAUCCUGGGGCAGCAGGAAAUGGUUCGGGAACUUACAUGCGUGGUGCGCGCAGCCCAGGCUCCUACGAGGGCGACGACAGGGCGAAAGAGUUCCUUUCGACCGGGAGAGCCGGAAGGAGGAAUGCCCUGACGGAGAUUUUGGGCCGCCACGCUGAACCUGCGAUGUUGGAUCUGCCGGAUCGAUUCGAAGAGCUUUCCAUGGAGACAGUUGCAGGUCAAUCGAGCAGUGGUGGGCAAGAUCCGAAUUCGCCAGGCACCUCGAAACAACAGGGUUGACACAGCCCCUGGUUUCGUUCUAUGAAUACCUCGGUCGCAACAUCGACGGGACGUGCCAUUGACGGGAAACGCAGCAGCAACAAAAGAACUGGUUGUUUGAAGUUGCACGAGAAACGAGUUGCUGAAACACGCAGCAUCGGGCCGUCACUCGAUGUCACGCUCGGCCUCGAACUUCACGCAUCGUUUAUCUCGUCGUUACGUUGGCGAAUACGCCGGUGUGGUUGCUCCUUGAAAGCCAGCUGCACACGUGCGCUACUGUAGGCAUGUGAUUUAACGCGAGUGUGGAGAGCACGCUAUUGGAAACGAGCGUCGCAGCUCGUGUUGUUAGUAACGAACAGAGACAUAUUCACAAUAUGCAUUGAAAUAGCCACGAUUAGUUAGCAAGUUUGAUAUUAUUGAAGCAACAACGUCGCAGACAAUUCAGCAGCUCUUGCGACGCGUCGUUAAUAAAAGUAGGCGACGCGCUCUGGAAAAAAGAGAGCACCGCGAGAAAAUGGUUUUUCCAAACGCGUUUAGAAUUACACGCUUUACAGUGGCGGAUGAACGAAUAUUUUUUUUUUUUUUUUUAUUGCAAGUGCGUUCUCAAGUUGCACUCUCCGAGGUUCUUAGAGCGACCACUGUGAGAAUAGUCAGUGGGACAAACGAGUACGCGCUUUGCCAGGAUCUUCUUUUUGUGACAUGUUCGCUGUACUUCAUAAAUCGUGUUGCGAUCUUUUCACGCUGUACUUGCGACAAAGUAGGAUAAAGUCUGUCUUCAGCUGUUUCACGGCUUUCCGGGAACAGGAGAGCGAACGAAGACGUCUCUUCCUCCUGUCGAGGAAAAUGGUCGGUUUUCUCAUUUCCUAAAGAUGUUUCUUAACUUGUAUUAAUGUAAUAAAUAGACUGCGAACUUUCGUGCAUUUUUAUAUCUUUAUGAAUGGAGCUAAAGAAACGAGCCUUUGUUUCGUCUCUACUGAACAUUAGAGUAAAUAUCUUGCUUUGGAUAUUUAACAUACUGUUGGAUAUACGCGUCAAAAUAAAUGCACAAAAAUCCGCAGUCCGACAUUAAAUAAUCGUCCGCUCUUUCGUUCUCGGUUAAUGACUAAUUGUGAAUUGCGAAGUCAAUAAUUGUUCUAGAAAAUCGAGGUUGUCUCGUUGCGCGUGUAGUUCUGUCCUAUAAAGAAAAACAUGAAAAUGUCGAGAUAGAUCUCGUCGCACCUUAAUCUCUUUCUACCAGAGCACGUCGUGUACGUGUGAGUAUAGUUGGAGAAUCGCACGAUGGGAAACACUUGCUGUCUGUCUCACGGGAUAAAUCUUUCAUGUCGUGACGUCGUGAAUGUUGUAUACCGAUAGGUCAGCGUGUUUGUACGUGUGUACGCCCCCAUGGGCACCUUGUGAAUUGCGAAUAUGGUUCACAGAAACGAGUAUGAUCCUUUGUAUAAAUUUGUCGGGUUCUGUUACCACUGGA